AUGGAUUUCGAAUAUUAUUUUAUUCAAAAUGAGGAAGAAUCGGAACAGGUGAAAGGAGCUAAAAUGGAGCUGCACAAAGUGCUAAAAAGAAACAGAGAAAGGAGUAAUAAGACAAGUAAGCCAAUGAAGGCAGCGUCCAAUAUAAUUUCACUAAUUGGUGCAAAGAAGGAUGAACCAAAAAAAGGAUCUUCAUCAUCACCAUCAUUCGUUUGUGAUGAUGAUGAUGGUGAUAAUUCUAAUGUGAGAAAAAGGAACCUCGAGAAAAAGAGUAGUUCAAUCCGAUCAAGCGGGCAUGUAUCAGAAGAUGGAUGUGAACACUUUUCAAAAAACAGGCAUAAUUAUCCCCCAAUGGGUAAUCAGUUAACAGGGCCCUUGUCAUCAAAGGAUGAAGAAAAAGAUACCAAUAAGUAUGCAAAUAAGUAUGCAAAUAAGUAUGCAAAUAAGGAUGCAAAUAAGGAUGCAAAUAAGUGUGCAAAUAAGUGUGCAAAUAAGGAUGCAAAUAAGUGUGCAAAUAAGUGUGCAAAUAAGGAUGCAAAUAAGGAUGCAAAUAAGGAUGCAAAUAAGGAUGCAAAUAAGGAUGCAAAUAAUGGUGCAGCAUCAUUUGAUGAGGCCCAAGGUGCACUUCUGUGUAGUGGAAAGAGAACAGUGAACGGAGAACACUAUAAUGUAAACAUGUCUGAAGGGAAAAUUAGACAUGCUAACGAUUUAGGGGAAGGGCCACUUGAGGAGACUCGAAAAAAUAAAAGAAAAUUUAGUGAUGUUAAUGCUUCACUAAGUGACAAAAAAGGAAAAGGGAUGAUGUCACUCAUGGCAACAGAAAUGUCAAGGGUGAUGAGUAUAGAUGAAGGAAAGUCAACUCUUCCAUUAGACAGUAAUAAUAACAUGAAGAAUCUUAACAACACCAGAAGUAUUAGGAGUGGAACGACAAAGAAGAGGAAGAGUGUCGAAUGUAGUGACAGAACCCGAGGUGAAAGCUACAGUUGCAUCUCAGGUAGAAGCAGUAGAUCAGACUCAUCAUCCUCGACAAGCUCUUCCUCCUCCUCUUCCACAGAUUAUUUAUCACAGUAUACAGAGAAAAAAAAUCUUAAAAGACGAACCGAGGAGAAGCGUCUUAAGAAUGAGAGAAAUGAAAGAACAACCACACGAGAACCACAUGGUGUUAUUACUUCCAAAGGGAGAGACCAAAUGGAUCCUCCAAAAAAUCGUCCUUCCUGUUUUCAAGAAAAACAAAAAGAACGACAUAACCAGGUUGAUCAGGUAGAUCAAGUUACGCAAGCUGAUCAUACUAACCAAGUUAACACUGCAGUGGAUGAAAUAAACAGGGAAAAAAAGAAAUAUAGUGGUGGUUUGGUUCUUCAGAAAUUUAAGAUAAAUUAUCAGAAUCUUACAGAAUUAGAAAAAAAAUACUACAAGUACAUGAUGAAGAAAUUACAUGUCGGUUAUGAUUACAAGAAACAGAUAUUUUACACAGAUGACACAUUUACAAAAUGUUUUAUUGAAAAGAUCGAAAAAGAAAAAGGAAAAUUUAACUACCUUGGAUAUAUUGAAUAUGCUUGUUUUUACAUUCUACAAUGGUUAACACCAACAAAAGAAGAAAAAUUAUUAAAGGAGAAAUCUUUAUUAAAGUUAGAAGUUAUCGUAAAGUCUAUUUUUCCAGAUGCAAAAAUGGAACCAUUUGGAUCGUUUAUUACAGGUUUGUCCAUACCUGGAAGUGAUAUAGAUGUGUGUUUCUUAGGAAUUAUAAUAGAAGAUAUUGAAUGCUUACUUAUAAUUGCAUAUACAUUAAUAAAAUUAGAAAUGGUUGCAGAUAUUCGCAUUAUAAAAGAUGCAAGAGUGAAAAUAUUAAAAUAUACAGAUAAAGAAACAGGGGUUCAAGUAGAUGUAUGUAUAAAUCAAAAAUCAUCAAGAGAAACAACAGAUUUUAUAAAAAAAAAAAUACAAGAAUAUAUAUAUUUAAGACCGCUUGUAAUACUUUUGAAAUUUUUCUUAAAUACAAGAAAUUUAAAUGAAACAUUUAUUGGUGGAAUUGGUUCCUUUCUCCUUUGUUGUAUGGUUUUACAUUUUUUACAACUUCAUCCAUCUACAUUCGACACAACUGUAUUUAAUAAUACAUAUUUGAUAAAAUUAUUAGUUGAAUUCUUUAACUAUUACAGUAUUGAUUAUAACUUGGAUUAUAAUUGUCCUGUUUUAAGAGGUCUUGGACAUACGAUGCCACGAUAUAUGAGAAAAGAAUUUGAAAAAAAUGGACGUUUGUGUUUUGAAAAUCCAAUAGAUCCAUCCCUUGAUAUUGGAAAAAAUUCAUACAAAAUUAAAUAUGUCUUUUAUUUAUUUAGUCAUAAUUUAUGCACACUCAUAUCUUUAAUUAUGGGGCUGAAGAAAAGUGGCCAUCAAAAAGCUCCUUUCGUGCAGAAUAAUUCAUAUGCAGAGAAAAAAAAAAUAAAUCAGCACAAAUUUAGUCAUGAUCAUGAUCAUAAUAAUAACCAGGAGAAUUAUAAAAAUAAAUAUGUUGAAGCAAGUAAAUUUAAUGCAACUAGUUAUUCCUUUCCACUGUUCUUUGGCAAUUUUUUCAAUCCAGAUAAUAUUGUUUUUACAAAAAGGAGAAAAGUAGACUUUCCAAACCCCAAUUGGAACAUGAGUUAUUUUGAUUUUGCUUUAACAGAAGAAGAAAAAAAAAAAUUAUUCGAAAUGGUCACAGAUGAUUUUAUAUCAUACUUUGACAUGAAUACACAUGCAGACUCGAUACACUUGUUUUCUGCUCUCGAAAAAAUUUUCUCCUUCUCCCUAGACUUGUACAAUAACGCUUUCAGAUUCAACUGUGCCAAUUCAGUGGAAUAA